AUGUCGAAGCGCACAGCAAAAGCCCAGGCAAGCAGUGCCCGCGCUGCCAAUACAGCCGGAUUCGGUGCAUUCGGGAGUGCAUCACCAGCAUUUGGCGCAAGUUCGUCGCAGCUGUCAUACGUAUCAGAGCCUCCAGACGUCUCUGCCAUCUCCGACCCGAACGUCGUAGUCUACCUGAGAAACCUCUCCAAAAGAGAUAGCACAACAAAGGCAAAGGCACUGGAGGAUAUACAGGCAUAUGUCACAUCACUUGACAGCCCGGUGGAGGAAGGCUUGCUUGAGGCAUGGGUCAAGAUGUAUCCGCGAACCUCGAUUGACAACGCGAAAGCCGUUCGCCAGAACGCCCAUCUACUCCACGGUCACUUUGCCGUAUCUGCCGGCAAGCGCAUAGCGAAAUACAUGCCUAAGAGCGUCUCAGCAUGGCUCUGUGGUCUCUAUGACAGCGAUCGAUCAGUGGUCGAAGCAACACAAACCUCUCUACGACAAGUCUUCAACACAGCCGAGAAACUACAAAGUAUUCGGAAGAUCUACCAACAACCCAUAUUGGAGUACUGUCGCGAUGCCAUUGAUAAAGAGAGUCCUACAACCCUCAGCGAUGAGAGGACAGUAACUAAGGAUGACGCUGAAGCAAAGUACAGCCGUGUCAUCUCGGCAUGUGUGUCUUUGCUGGGUAGCUUGGUAGCCAAUCUACAACCUGAGGAGCUCUCUAAGUAUCAGGCCGACUACGAUAGCCUCUUUGGCGAUAAGAAGUUAUGGGACUUUUCUUCUUACAGAGAUGCUGGAAUCCGGCGAUCAGUACAUCGACUACUGAAAACAUGCUUGGCAAAAGAAGAUGCCGCUAUUGAGCAGAAUCUAGCCAUUGUCAGCAAAGCGUACCUGGCCGAAGCACUGAACUCUGACCAGACUGGUUCUGUCAGCGAUUAUGUUGAGACUUUGACCCUUCUCACCACCAAACAUCCCACAGUGUGGACGACGGAUUACAAAAGCAAAACAGGCCUCGACAGACGACUACGGCAGUUCUUGAAGAAAGGGUCUCAGUUCGGACCGCGCGACUUUUGGUCUCGAUUGGCUGAGCUGUUCAAAGUUAUUCCAAAAGAGGUUCUGCCACAACACGAUACUGACGCUGCGGAUUUGUUAAGUUCCCUGCACGGUGGUAUUGUGCGCAAGGAUGAGCCCAAGUACACCCAUGAAGCCGCAUUCGAUGCUUACCUAGAGAUAACUAGUCUUUUGAGUCAGCGAUUGGAAGAGUCUGACCGGACAAAGCUAUUAAAAGAGAUGGUCCUGCCUAUAAUCAUGCAGUACCUGCAUCCAACAUUGGAGACCUCACACUGGGCUAUACCAUCAAAUGCGACAGGGUUGUUAUCAAAAGCUCUUGGGAUCGAAGGAAUGGCUAUAGUCCUCGGCGAGCGAUGGACUGAGUUUUCACAGCGACUCAUUGACAGCAUUAAAACCUCAGCUCCAGAACAGUCAAAGGAUUAUGAAAAGUCGCAAACAGGUGUUAGCCAACAAGCGACACGGUUCUCGACCCUGCAAGACCAAGCGCUCAAGAUAGAAAGUUUAGCGGCACUGCGGCCCGUUAUCGUACAAGCCUGUACAUCGAUUGUAGCGGAAGCCCUCGAAGUUCUCAGAAAUAGGAAUGGGAAGCCAUAUGGCGCAGCGGCUGCUAUUGCUGCAGUAUUGAAGCGCAACUCCACAUUGAUCUCCUCGUCUCAAACAGAACAGGACCUUGAACAGUUCAUACAGAAAGACCUACCAGCGCUUGUCCUGUCACCCUCGUCUUCCUAUCUAAUAGACCUCUUGUACUCGAGAUCUGAUAGCACAAUUUUCAACGAUGCAUGGAGUGCAUGCCUAAGAGCUAUUCUCAAGGAGGUAGACCCAACAAUCCGGAAUAAGGCCCUUGAGGGAAUUCUUACCUCAUCCAGGAUACCGUCGGACUUCGAUCUCGCAACUUCAGAUCCGGAGUUGCAAGAACAUAUAGUUGCCAACGGCCGUGAAGCUAUAGAAGGCUUAGGGGAGUGGGAAUCAUUCAAUCGCAUGAUUCAAUCGCCAGCGAAGAUACUAUCUCCUCAGACAACAGAUAGUGUUCUUGCUCACAUGACAGAAACACUCUCAAUAUCACAGCAGGCUCCUUACUCAUUGCAAGGUUUACGUCAGAUCGUCAAGUCCAAACCCUCGAUACUCCGCGAAUUCCUCGCUCAGUCACAAGGCUCCAGUCUUCUUCAAGCUUUACUUCUCGCAUCCGAAUCACCAAACGACGAAGUAGCGCAAGAUGCCAAGGCUGUCAAUGCAUCGAUCCAGACCAUACUCUCAUCAGGCACUGAUUCUAAGCAAUCGAUAUAUGACCUCAUUCAGCAGGGUCUGCGAGAUGCUACAUCAACGUCAGUCUCGGUUGAGACCUUGGUGGAUCUGGCGAAGCAAUCCGUCAAAGCAGGCGGCGACUGGGAUCAGGUUUCCAAAGUUUUCCCUAUCAUCGAUGACUGGAACUCGGCGCUCGAACCGUUUCUCAAUGCCGCACCCAAGACCUCGCUAGCCAUCACAAACCCUCUUGGAGGUGCUGUCUACCUAGUAAAAUCAGAUCAAUCGCCAUCCAAGAUUAUCAACAUGACACGGGAUGUUGACGGAUAUUCGGUCGCGUACAGAAUAAGUCAAUAUGUGACCCGAUUGUUCAAGAACCCUGAUCUCUUCUCGAUCAGCAUAGUCCCAUCUGAGCUAAAGGCUGCCUAUCUUCACAACAUCGCCCUCGCCGUGCAGCUUGCCGAUGACAAUCUUGGUCUUGCAGGCGCAAAUGGUUUCUGGGCACACUAUGAUCUGGAUGUCGAGUCUGAUGCUAUGACGUUCGUUUCAGAUGCGCAGUCGUUCGUAACGCAGGAACUACGGACGAUAGUCGCUACCUGGUCGGACAGCAGCGCUGAAUCACUCAUGACAUGGGCUAGUAGCAUCUUGUCGAAUGUCAGUGCUGACACAAAUGCUCCCACGUACUACCAUGCGCGGACAUACAGCGUACUAAUUGCGGAAGCAAUUGAGAUUGCUGGGUGGAAAAACUCCCAGACUGCUCCAAUGCAGGAGUUGCUCAAGACGACGAGAAAAUCCAAAAACCUAUUUCAGUUACUAGGACUAUUGAAUGGGUUCAAAGAGCCGUUAUCGGCUUCCAAAUCUUGCCAAAGGAUGUCCAGCGAAAUCCUGGCCGACCUCACAGGUUUGGACAUCGAGGCUAAAUCGUCAGAAGCACUGCAGAAUCUCGUACAGCUGAACAGUAUACUAAGCCAGGACAAUUUUGCGGAAGAGAGCGCCAAACACCGCGUGCUUCUCUUUGUCAAUCACGUAGUCUCGUGGCUUCAAGAAGGCCAAGUCGCACGAGCUGUCAAGGCAGAAUUGUGUCGUUCACUUUUAGUACUUCUUCCAGUGACAAGCGAACGGUACGGCGAUCAUUGGGGAAACAUCCUUAAUGCGCUAUCUACUAUCUGGUCGGCAACAACCGAAUUGGAAACGAAUGAGUCUGGCAUGGAUAGCCCGAUCCCCCUCGUACAUGCAUCGCUCAAACUAUACGCCCAACUUCGCACCUUGGUUAAUGCGGAAGAGCCGAAUGAUGAUCUUCUAGAUGCCUGGAAAGAGGCAGAGCAGCCUGUUGCUGAUGGACUAAUCAACAUCUUGAAGCACUCCCAGCACUUCCCUGACGAGUUCCAUCAGCCUCUCAAGAUGGUGAAUGAUGUCCUAGCGCGUCAGAUAUCCAAGGUGUCGCUUAAGAAUCUCGAAUCAACUGAAGAGCUGUUUCCGCUGUUGUAUGUGCAGUCGCAGCCCGUUCAGCAGACUGCGUUCGACAUUCUGCACAAGCAAAUCCCUGCAGUUCAAGAGCAGAUCUCCAUUGAUGCAGCACUGGAGAAGUCUACUGCGCGUCUGCCAGAAGAGCUUCUAUCUCUCGUUAUUGAUGCCCCUACAGCCGCAUCAUUGGCUGAUACAAACUUUGAAAGAAGCGUGCCAUUAUCACUGCGUGGUUAUCUGCUUAGCUGGAGAUUGGUCUUUGAUCAUCUUGAACAUGCUUCUUUCAAGGUCAAGAACGACUACGUUGAGCACAUUCGUGAAGGCGAUUACCUGCCCGGCCUACUGGACUUCACAUUUGAAUUCCUCGGACACGCAAACAACAGACCCGUUGACGUUUCGAAGCUAGAUAUCACAACAUAUGAAGCGGAUGUCGAGCCUCCAAAAAGGGAUCUCCAAUGGCUCUUGACACAUCUCUACUUCUUAUGCCUACGCGACGUUCCUUCGCUUACAAAAUCUUGGUUCAAAAACUGCAAGUCGCGUGCGAUUGUAGUCUCACUUGAGCCCUGGACAGAGAGAUAUGUCUCUCAACCCGUAAUCGUCGCUUCCCUCGAUGCAGUAGCGAAAUGGUCUGAAGAACAAGCUGCAGCUGAGCCUGACUCCCCCUUCACCGUCAAGGUUGUCUCUCGUGCUCGUGAGAUUACUGCGUCUUACAUCGUCGAUGAGCAGACAAUGGCGAUGCGCAUAUCCCUACCUGCUGCUUUCCCGCUAGCAAACGCUCACAUUGAAGGUCUCAACCGUGUCGCUGUAAACGAAACCAAAUGGCAAUCCUGGCUACGGACUUCCCUGGGUGCCAUUACAAUCUUUAAUGGCUCUCUGAUUGAUGCGCUAACCACUUUCAAGAGGAACGUGGACGGAGCACUCAAGGGACAGAGCGAGUGUGCAAUUUGUUACAGCAUUGUCGGCUCAGACAGGAAGCUGCCAGACAAGAAGUGCGCGACCUGCAAGAACCUGUUCCACGGUGUUUGUUUGUUCAAGUGGUUCAAGAGCAGCGACGGCCCUAGUUGUCCACUUUGCAGGACCAAUUUCCAGUAUGCAUAG